UCGAAAUAUGAUUCAUUUAAAUAUGACUCAAAAUUUGUAGUUGAUGACAAAAUUGUAGCCCAGAAUUAACCAAAUUCACAUUUUAUUUGAAAAAAAUUUGUAAUCUAAAAGUAUUUUAAGUUCGCCAUGGAUGAUUACGAUUUCAGCACACCGCCGCCGGAAGUGCGAGUCAUUCACACCCACAACUUGAAUGACGAGCAGGUGAAGGACCUUGAGGAGGCAUUUGCACUUUUCGAUAAGGAUGACACCAAGGUGAUUCCCAUUAAACAUCUAAAGGACUGCCUGCGGGCCGUGGCCCACAACCCCCCCGAAAACGAGUUGCAGGAUUACAUCACUGAAAUCGACACGGACAACUCCGGUGAGCUGUAUCUCAGCGACUUUCUCUACAUCAUGUCUAAGAGGUACGAGGACAUGACACCCGAGGAUGAAGUUAUACUUGCGUUCAAGGUCUUCGACAAGGAGGACAAGGGCUUCAUUCCUGAGACCGAGUUUCGUCAGAUAAUCACUAACAUGGGCGAGGAAAUGGACGAGGAUGAAAUCGAGGAGAUGAUCCGCGACGCAGACGCCAACACGGAAAUGAACAUUGAGUAUGUCAAGUUUGUGCAAAUGAUGAUGGAGACUUAGGACUAAACACAAUACCCUAAAAAAAGG